AUGAACCCGCCUGGUCCUCCAAAGGGUCCACCACCAACCGGGGCCCCGCUUCCGCCGCGAGGGGCACCACCCGGGCCGCCGAAGGACCCACCGCCGCAGCCACCGAAGGACGCGCCGCCGCCAUUACCAGAUCGCGGCGAGCCUGAAAAGGACAGUGCCGCGGAGGCUGCUGCCAGUCUUACCGCAAUCCAAAAGCUGCUGCGCCGCGGACGCCUGAGCUUCACGCUGCUCGAAGCGCGCGAACUGCGUAGAAAAGGCGGAUCGGUCGACGCGAGACGCUUCACCGCCGACCCGUACGUGAAAAUUGCAGUGGGCACCAACCCGCUGUCGGCUCAGGAGAAGCGCAGCAAGACGCUCAAGAAGAGCGGCACACCCGUGAUAUUCCACGAGGAGGUCGUGUCGUUUGAUCUCACGGACCCCGUGGCGUUCGUCAACGACGGUGACCUACCGAUUAAGAUUGAGGUCUUCGAUGAGAACCUCCUCUCGGACGAGCUCCUUGGAGAAGUUCGCAUCUCCGCGCUUCGCUUCUUCGACGGCCAACCGCACCGCGAGAUCUUCCCUCUUUCGUUGCCAGCCAUGCCGGGCGCCCCCUGCGGCGAGCUGGAGAUUGAGGUGAAGCUGGAAGAGGCCCUGAUCGGAAUGCUGUCGAUAGUACUGCUGGAAGGCCGCAAUCUCAAGAGCAUGGAGCUGAUCGGCAAGCAGGACCCGUACUGCCAACUGUCCAUUGGCAAAUUCACAAAGCGUGGCAAAACCAUCGAGAAAGGUGGACGAAAUCCCUACUUCGGAGAAGAGGAGCUGCUCUUCUGGUUCAAUGAAGACCUCUGGACACAAUCCAUGACGCUCCGCGUGUUCGACGAGGAUAUCGGCAGCGACGACCUUAUCGGCGAUGCCAAGUUUUCGGUGCUGCACUUCAUGGCACAUCGCGGGCCACAGGAGCACGCAAUCCCGUUGCGUAAUAAAGGAAGCCCAGCAGGAGAAGUCCUGAUGCGGAUCGAGUUUUUGCCCGCAGGUGUACUCACCGUGACCUGCCACUCGGCCAAGCAGCUACGAAGCGUGGAUGCAAUAGGGCGGCAAGACCCGUACGUCAAACUGACUUUGGACGGCCGAGCGACGCAAAUGGUCAGGAAGACCAAGACGGACACGGACGGCGGCAGCGAGCCCGAAUGGGGCGGCGAGGUGUUCCGGUUUGAUGUCGUUGAUCAAUACAAUUUGCAAGUCGAGAUCUGGGACGAAGAUUCUGUUGGUGCCGACGACCUCAUUGGUGCUGCAUCACUUUCGCUACUACCGAUAUUCCGCUACGGGUAUGCUGAUGACUGGCUCAAGCUCUGGACCAAAGGGCGAUUUGGGAACAAGGAUCCUGCCGGCAUGCUACGACUCGAAAUGAGCUUUGAGGGUCCUGCGGAUGUGGCGUACCCGCAGCACCAGGUCGGCAUGGACCACUUCACUGAAAAAGAGCGCCGAACCAAGGAAACGGCUGGAAUGAUUCCUUCUGUCUCAGAGCCUGGCGGUGGCCAGGAUGCGGCAAUGGCUGCCAAGGCCCACGCACUCACAAGACCGGCUAAACGCGUGGCCGAAAACACGAGCGAGUUCUCAGAAGAAGAGCUCUUGGGCGCCUUCCGGUCCCUUGACGUGGAUAAAAACUCGUUCAUUGGUGCCGCCGAGCUACGUCACCUUCUCAUUUGCAUGGGUGAGCUCAUUACCGAUGCCGAGGUAGAUGAAAUGGUGCGACUCUGUGAUACGGACGGCGACGGACAGGUGAGUUUCGACGAGUUUCGGAGAAUGGCAACUCAUCCCGACCCAGGCGGCCCAGAGUUCGCCAUGGCGAUGGCAGAAGAAGAACCAGAGGAGCCGGCACCACCAGCAAGCGGGUCGAAUCUCACAGUUGAAGAUAAACAGCGACAGCAAGGAAUCAAGCACGAGAAGUCCAAGCUCAUGCGGCGAUUCGUGGAGGAUACCCGACCAAGUCUCGAACUGUUGGAGCGUGUAGCCAAGAAAUUCCGCCAAAUGCAACAUAAUACGCUGGACUUCGAAGACUUUUGCUUGCUGUUCGAGGUGGAGCCCACCGGUGAGUACCGGCGCUUGUUCGCUCUGUUCACUCCAGACAACCAAAGCGACUCCGGCGCAGAUUUGCGUGAGAUGCUUCUCGCUGCAGUGAACUUCGUUGGUGGGGUCGAUCGCACGCAGCGCGUACGCUUCUGCUUUGAGAUAUUUGAUGAUGACCACAACGGAUUCAUCACGGAGGACGAGCUUGUGAACAUCCUACGUGCCAAUUACCUGGCUACAUCGGCAGACCAGGUACGAAAGAAGGCCCAGACAAUUCUCAAGCAGGCUGACGACAAUGGUGAUGGCCGCGUGAGCUUAGAUGAGUUCCAUGCCAUCUCGCGAAAGUUCCCCAAUCUUCUCUUCCCGCCCCACGACGCAGAUUAG